ACAUGCUGCUUUUAAAUCAGCUGACUUAACAGCGUCUGAAGAAAUGAUCUUGACAGCGCAUGCUCGAACACUGAUCGGGCUUUAUUCUCUAUCGAUGCAAAAUCUUGUACUCGUUUUGGACUAGUAUUCUGUCCCACAGGAUUCGGUUUAGAAAUAUUUGCCUUUUUUUUGCAUUUUGCAUUUUAUUUUCUUGUCGAUUUCCCCUAUUUGCACAUAAUAAAUGGGACUUCCCCGAAGGCUUCUGUAGCACAACCUGACCUUUUUGACAUUUUGGUGGUCUCUUGAGAAAACUCGGAAUUCGGAUGUGGCAAGCUAACUGCAGACGAAUGCAACAUUUAGCGGAUUGGAUUUCAGGUAGCGUGAUGGGGGGCUGCGUGGGGAGGAGUAGGAGCGACGGCCAAGGGAGUGUUCGGAGCUUGACCAGGAGCAAAAAACGUGGAGGACGUAACGAGCCUCUCAAGAAGGAACGUCCCAAGUGGAAGAGCGAAUACCCGAUGACCGAGGGUCAGCUCAGGAGCAAGCGGGAUGAGUUUUGGGACACGGCUCCAGCUUUUGAUGGACGCAAAGAGAUAUGGGAUGCGCUCCGGGCGGCAGCCCUGGCCGCAGAGUGCAAUGACCUGGAGCUAGCGCAGGCCAUCGUAGACGGAGCCUGCAUCACUCUGCCUCACGGCUCUCUCACAGAGAGUUACGACGAGCUGGGCAACCGUUACCAGCUUCCUGCGUACGCUUUGGUACCGCCAGUCAAUCUCAUCAAUGAAACAUGCAACGAGAGCAAAGUUUGUGAAUCCACACAAAAGCAAGUGCAGCCUCCUCCAUGCAGGCAAGAGUUCCAACUGCGUGUGCGACUGUCCUCAGGCGAGGAUGUGCGUCUGACUGCCAGCUUGGCCGACUCCAUCGCCGAGCUGAAGAAGCAGCUGGAAGAUCAGGAGGCCAUCGAUGUGUCCCGCCAAAGGUGGUUCUUCUCUGGGAAACUCCUCACGGACAAGACUCGUCUGCAGGAUGCCAAAAUACAAAAAGACUUUGUUGUCCAAGUCAUUGUCAACAUGAACCCUACACCUAUAGCCGACUGAGAGGGGUGUAAUAAUUUAAAGAAAGAAAAAAAAAAAAGGGCGGAAAGUGAAAGCUGGAGAGCUUUAUGCACUGGGAAUUUCUGUACAAUUUUCUAUGAGAGUAUUGUUUUUAUAAUGUUCCUUUUUGUAUUUGUUCUCCCACUUUUUCCAAAUAUACUUAAAAAAAAAUAAGCACUGAAACACUUUCAGGAGGAGCUGGCAACCAUCGGCUUGUGAGCCAUACUGCAUAGAAAAGCCAAGAGCGAGCAUUUCAACCCACAAAUACUGAAACAUAAACGCGGUAGCAUUGUAAUCUGUUUUACUACUUACUGUAAAUGGCCCUCUAGAAUUUUUCAAAAACUGAAACAUCUUCUGAUAGGUCAGAGGUUUCCCACCCCUGUGUUAGAUGGAAAAAUAGAAACCCAAAAUGCACCUCCUUGUUUAUAUCACUAUUUUUAUUUCCAGCUUUCACCUCUAUCUUUGUCUUGUGUAUUGGUCUUUGUUGUCAGUGGCAAACUCGAUAAUGUUUGCCUGGGCAUCCAAAAAUAGAAAAUACCGUCUUUUUUUUUUUCCAUGUGAAAUUUGAGAGGAUAACUGGGAGACAGGGAAGAUAAAUGUAAAUAUUUGCAUCUGUGUGUUGUGUGGUCGAUUGACUUUGUGCUCAGUCAUUGUCAUUCCUUGGCUAUUACAAAUAAAUACAUCCACUAUCUGA